AUGAAGUCAAUUAUACAACACCCGGCUCUCCUCCGCUCAGCUCCAUCCUCUCAUCUCCUUUCUGUUACUACUACAGCUGCCGGCUCCACAUGCGCGGCAGCGCUCCGUAGCCUUCACCGGGCACGCCGGCAGCAGUCUGUAGGUAUGUCGGCCGGUGGCUUUGAUGGGCAGGCGGACAGGACAGCAGUAUCCGGAAUGAAAGAUUCAAGACUCUUUGCAGUUGAUCCUGCCUCAGAGGAGGAAGGCCCGAGCCAAGCCGGAUCCUCACUGCCAGCUGUCGAGCUGCCAAGGAAACGAAAGGGAGAUGUGGAGGAGAGAUCAGACACUCAUGAACGGGAGAGCCUGGGCUUCCAAAUGGGUGAUGAUCUCAGCAGGUCAGAAGGAGAGGACACCCAGGUUAAAAUGAAAUGCUUCAGGGAGCCUCAUAGCCAGAUAGAGAAGCGGCGGAGGGAUAAAAUGAACAACCUCAUCGACGAGCUUUCCGCCAUGAUUCCUGCCUGUCAGCCCAUGGCUCGAAAACUUGACAAACUCACUGUGCUGCGAAAGGCUGUGCAACACCUCAAAGCUCUCAAAGCUGGGACAAGCAGCGCCUUAACAGACACCACCUGUAAGCCUUCCAUCCUGCCUCAUGAUGACCUCAAGCACCUUCUGCUAAAGGCUGCAGAUGGUUUCCUCUUAGUUGUAAGUUGUGACCGGGCAAAAAUCCUGUUCAUCUCAGAGUCUGUCUCCAAGAUCCUCAACUGUAAACGGUUGGAGCUGACUGGGCAGAGCUUAUUCGAUUUCAUCCAUCCCAAAGACAUCAACAAGGUGAAGGAGCAGCUGGCAUCAUCGGAGUCGCACCCUCGCCAACGCCUCAUUGAUGCUACAACUGGGGUUCAGCUCCAGGCAGAAGCUCCAGCCAGACCAUCCAAUCUGACCAGUGGAGCCCGGAGAUCCUUCUUCUGCCGGAUGAAGCACAGUCGGGCUUCAGGGAAGCAUGAAGACAAACAUUCGCUGCCUAGUACUUCCAAAAAGAAAGACAGUAGCAGAUACUGUACCCUCCAUUGUACCGGAUACAUGCGGAGUUGGCCGAGCAGCCAGCAGGAAUCAGAGGGAGACGCAGAGAAGGAAACCUCAACCCUGACCUGCCUGGUGACGGUGUGCCGACUCCUCCCUCACUCCUCUCAUCAGCCCCCCAAAGACAUCAACGUCAAGCCCACCGAGUUCAUAACCCGCUGUGCCAUCGAUGGCAAGUUCAUUUUUGUAGACCAACGAGCAACAACGGUCAUUGGUUAUUUACCACAGGAAAUUCUCGGCACAUCAUGUUAUGAGUACUUUCACCAGGACGACCUGCACCAUCUCGCAGAGAAACACAGGCAAGCACUCAGGAGCAAAGAGAAGCUCGAGACACAGUGCUACAGGUUCAAAACAAAAUACGGCUCCUAUGUGUCUCUCCAAAGUCAGUGGUUUGGUUUCACAAACCCAUGGACCAAAGAAGUUGAGUUUAUAGUGUGUUUAAACCGAGUUGUCCCGGGGCCUGCUCAUGAAAAAGAAGAGGAGGCUGGCAGCUCAAAAGUACUUCAGGAGGACACUAAACAAAUUCCCAUAAUUCCUGGCCUUUCUACUAGUGUGGGGACGAUGAUAUACGCAGGCAGUAUAGGGACCCAAAUCGCUAAUGAACUCAUCGACUCUUACAGGGUGAACUCUUCUCCAUCAAGCGGAGCUUCCAGUCCGUUUGGCACAGCACAGGAAAAAGGCCCACUGGUUUCACCUCAAACUAGCAGGAGUGCAUCCAGCAGAGAGGAGACAGCAGGCAGUUCGUCACAGUCCCACUCUGACUCAGGGGCAGGAGCUGGCACCAGCAGUGGAACUUCUGGAAGUACAGGUGAGCCGUCCCAGCUGGACUUGGACAGCAUGGUGGUUCCAGGCCUGAGCAGCUUCAGCAGCGAUGAGGCAGCCAUGGCAGUCAUCAUGAGCUUGCUGGAGACGGAUGUAAACAUGGGUCAAACAGAGAACUUUGAGGAUUUACACUGGCCUUUCUAGAGGGAGCACAGACUUUAACCCCUCUUAAACACUCUUGUGCCGUUGCCAAGAAAUUGGACUCAGUCGUUGGUUCCGGCUGAUCUGGCCUUGCACAAUUGAACCCACUGAACAUGUACCAAAGGUCGCAACAUGUCGCACUUGAGGGAGCCUAACAGAAGACUUAUAUAAUAGGAAUUCUAAGACUGUGAUUGCACCGUUGGCUUGUAGGAAAGUUCAGUUUAAGUGUCCCCGGAGCCUGUGGGGAUUCAGUGUCUUCCUCAGAGACUGCUUAAAUGGAGACUUUCCUCAGCAGGACGGUUUAUUUUUUUACUCUGCUUCCCCCCACUGAGAGGCCGAAGUCUGGGGGAGAAUAAGACUCCUGCCAUGUGCAGUGCUGCUAAAGAAACUCCUGGAACCGUCGACAUUUGCGAAACCUUUCGGUACCUGUUGAUGACUUACAUGUUUUUCAUUACAUGGUCUGAUUGUUCCAUUUUCUACGCUGUUUUUUUAAUGAUCCCCUCCAGAAUUAUUUAAGUUGUGUAAAAAUUCUCAUGUUUGUCUGAUACUGUGUCCAUCAAACAUUUCGAUCUAACUCCAGCGCACUGUCUAACUUGCAAAAACACAUUUAGGGCAACGGUUUGGUAUUAGACCCAUGUCAGGCAAUCAGCCUAUAAAAUGGAUGGGACAUCUUAAGUAGGAAGUCAGCCAUGGAUCAUCAUCAAGGCCUCAAAUUUUAAAGUGAAAAAUUAAAUUUCUGCUUCCUGACUAAAAGUUCACUUACCAAUAAGUUACCUAAAGCUUAAGAAGGAAUUCUUAGAAAAUUGUCAUGUCAUGAUUUUCAGUUCAGGAGAUAUAAAAGAUCCAAAAGGCUAAGAUAAUAAUCAAAAACAGAGCAACAGAAAUAUUACAGUAGAUCAAAAGUCAAAAGUAGUGAGCUAAUAAUUCCUCUUUUUCUUUGUCAACAAUUAGUCCUAAUAAACCCCCCAAAAUACAAAAAAUGCACUGCUAUGACUGGCCAUCAGUGGAUAAAACUGAAUAACAGGUUAAUUUUGUUGUAUUACUUAUGGACUAUUUUUCAGUUUGUUUAGUCAAGAAGACGUGUUUUUGUGUGGGUAGUUUGGCAGCAGAAAAUGAGUUGCCUUAAGCCAAAUGCAUUGUUCUGUGUUGAAUCUACAUUGUAGAAUUUAUCAGAGGUUUAUGCAUGUAGCCUGGCUUGCACUUCCUUAAAAAAGUCACUAUGCAUCAGAAUGAUGCAGACUGCAAGCCCUGUGAUUGGUCCAUCGGGCAACGGCCAGUCUUUGAGUUACAUUUAUAUUCUGUGUACUCUGAUUUGAGAUAAAUUACUGCAGAUGAUGAACAAAGUCAUCAAAUCACUGGUUUCUUGUAGGUAGGUAGGUAGGCAGAUAGAUAGAUAGAUAGAUAGAUAGAUAGAUGUUCUUAAAAGUCCCUGUAAAGUUACAAAAACAAUUAUUUUAGGUUUGUUGUAUAACAGGCCAAGUUUAGAAAAUUAAGCUUCAAAACUGUGAAAAAUUAGGCAAUAAAGUCUGCUCUACGAUGGUGUGUGCGUGUCUGUUGAAUGAGCUGAAGCCACGCCCACUCAAUAGAAAUACGAUCCUCUCAAAUUAAAAAAAAUGCUUCUGAUCAAAGCACAGCUGUCUGGCUCUGUGCCAGAGCAGAGAGACAGAAGUUCAAAUUUACUGUUUUCUGGUACAAAUCUCUCUGUUUUAAUAUUUUUAAUGACCCGUAGGCCACCGUGGCUGAUUUGGGAAAUUCACCUCACAAUGAACAAAAACACAGCAUGGCUGUUAACUUUCAAUGAAGGCAGUGACAGUGUGUUAAGACACAGAGUUUGUAUUUCAAUUAACAGGGACUUUAAAUUCUUUUUCUAGCAUAAGUCACAGUGUUGUUGGUUGCUACAGUGUAGAUUUGUUGCAGAAGUGUAAGCCAGGCUUUACAGUGACAAGGUGACUCUGAUAUGGGGUGACAUUUCCUGAACUGUACUCACCGACAUGUCAGUUAGUCAACUAAACAGACAAAGUUACAACAGAUUUUUGUAUACCUAGAAGAGAAAACCAGCGUUUAGGAAAUUGUAAAAAGACAUACUAAUCUCUUGAUCCAUCCAGUUCUGCACUUUGCAGUCAUGUUUAUUAAGUCCCGAUGACCUCCUAGGCAGCAGCAAGGACAUAAAAGGCAGCUAUACAAGACAUGGCCUAUCAGAAAAGCUACAUACUGGCUGGAUUAGUAUUAGCUCUUUGUUAAUUUAACUCUUUUGUCAUUGUUUAAUGUAUGUUAGAAAAAUAUACAUCUAUUUAAGUACUUACAUGAAAUGAACACUGCAGAAAUGAAUAUCCCUGAUGAUUUUUAAGUGUCUCUAAUGAUUUGCAUUCCAGUCCUAUGACAUCCAACAUCCCUUAUACCAGGAAUCUGGCCUGCUUCUCUCCACUUGUUCCCACUGUUUCUCAGUCACCACUGCUGUGAUGUAAUCCUAACCAAUUCAGAUCCAGCAUUUCCAGGAUGAUGAUCCCUCUUAAAAUGUCUUGCCUGUUUAAACAAACUGUUGCCUAUUGAUGGUAUAGUCCUGGAACGUUGCAGAUAAAUGUGCGUUUGUAGGUCAGACAGUCUGCUGGAGCUCACUUGAAGUACUUGAUGGGCACAUGUCUCUCCGAUGUACCUGUCCAAUGAAAUACAUGUGCAAAGUAUUUUUCUAUUCUGAUGUUGUGUCCAGUAAGUUCUGAAGAAGGCAAAGGAAAGAAUGUCUCAUUAUUGAGACUGAAGAUCAUGCAAAUAUACAAAACGUAUCUGCCCCCAUCCCGACAGGUCCAGUUACACUCCUUUUGAAAGACUUUGGCUAGCACAGUAACACAAACACCAUGUGUUAUAUCAAUUAGUCCAAAUGAUUCAAAAUUUGUCUUUGUGUUUGAAACGUGUAGGACUCCUAUAUUACCCAACAUUAAGUCAUCCUAAAACCAGAAGUCAAAAGCCAAUUGCAGCUUAAAUGAUCGCAGCCAUAUGUUUUCAACUCUUACCUGUGAUUCUGAUUUAUCAGCUUGCUUUUAAAAGGUAUUAGCAAAGAGCAGUAACUCUAUCAGAGAAAACUUAAGGAAACAUGUUUCAUGGAAACAGCUUUUCUCUAGGGCUGUUUCUAAAAGGAUAAAUACUUGAAUGUUGUUUACAGUUUUUGGUCCCAGUUAGCAUUGAAACUGGUCUUACAUUCAGCUUUCUAC